CACUACAUAAACAGUGCCGCGGACCAAGUGCCAAUGUGGGAUGUGGCUGCGGCUGAGUGUCCUGUCGGUCGCUUGGGUGAGCACCCCUCGGGCACUUCGGGCAUUGGAUUGCACAGGUGUGGAGGAGGAGGGCGUUCGCUGGGAUGUGAUCCGCUCCGAGCUGCGCCACGCGCUGCGGGAGGUGCAUCACGGCGCCUUAGCGCGGGACCUCCAUGCGGCGAAGGACUCCAAAGGCCGGGACCCCGCGGUGUCCUAUGGGGAUGUGCAGCUGCAGCGGCACCUGGAGCGAUUUCAGAAGUUGGUCUUAGUAUUGCCUGAGCGUAGCCGCUGCCCCUUGGGGCGCCACUGCUUGAGGGUCUUGGUGUCGGUCUUGUACUCUGGUCUUCCCUGGAAUGCCUGGUUCGUGCGCUACGAGGAAGACUUGUUGGGCCUGGUCCAUGGCACCAACUGGACAGAGGCCCUAGCGGCUGGCUGGCCUGUCUUUGAGGUCAUGGGUUUAGUUGCAGACUUGUAUGGAGGCGAGAUAGCUUCGCUCCCCGAGAACUGCGACGUCGAAUCACUGGCCCAGUUGGAGCCCCUCAUCGGCCAGCCAGAGCAGCUGACGACGCACGCUGCCCCACUGCUGCGCCACGCCUGUGCCCUCGCACGCGCAGCCGCCAGUGCCGCCCUGACUGCUGCUGGGCUGCGGAGUGGCGGAAACGCUUUGCAGCUAGGAUGGGCGCCAGGCCUCGACGUGGGCUUCCUGGCGCAGACCCAGACGGCGGUGCGCCUGGUGGCCGGCCGGCACACUGGAGGGCCCAAGGCCAUCUUCACCCCGCCGUUGCCUCAGCUUCUACUGCGAGUGGAGCAAGCGAACCAGAAGUACCACCGGGCUUGGAUGCGACAGGGCCGUGUAGACAUAGUCUACUGCGGGUCACUUCCAAUUGAAGCAAAUCUGGAGGAGCUUUGCAAAGGCAUACAAGGAGAGUGCUUGAUCCACUUCCAGCUGCAAGAGACGGAUGCUGGCCAUCGAGCACCCGAGUGUUUCGAGCACUACAGGUCAGUGGGCCAAGCACUUCAAAGCUUGAGGCCAAUGGCGUCCUGGACCACGCUGCUGGUAAGCAGUGGCACUUGGACCUGGACAGAGGAUUUGGCCCAUGACCUCCGGCGUUUGCUUCACGAGCGCCAUCAAGCUGCACGAGAGGUGGACUGGGCGGGCUUAGCCACGAUCAACAGCUCCCGGAUCUUCAACUGGCCAGUGCGACGCGUGACCCACAAGUAUUGGAAGUUGGCAUAUGAGGAGUAUGCCACGGGCCACGAGACGUCUCCCUUCCUUCCCUUGGCACAGUUCUGGGCGGUGGGUGACACCACCAGCGGCACCCGUGUCUACGGAACCAAGAGCUUCGUGGGUUUGAUGAGGCGCCUGGCCGAGAGGGAGCGUGAGUACGUGCCGAGUUUGCCAGGUUUCGCGUCGGCAGGAGUCACACGGCAAAGUCUUGAGGCAGCCCUGCGAAGUGAGGACGAGGGAGCGGAAGACUGGCUGGUGAUGUUGGAUUUGCUGGGCAAAGAGAUGGGGCUCAGGGCCUACACCUAUCUGAAUGGGGCUUCGCUGGAGCAGAACUACCAAGCAGGCGCUCGAUUGACCCCACGGAUUUCACGCACCUUCCACAUCGAAGCAGCCCGGUUCCUGCAAGGCCCGCCACUGGAGCAUUGCUUGUUCCCGGAGAUCGCAGCAGCAGGGUCUUUCACCCACAGCCAUGGGGUGGUGGUGAGCUACUGCACCAGGAAGUCCUUAUGGCGCAUGUUCCGCGACGUUGGAGGAUGGUGGCUACAGAUGAACCCUUUACAACACAUCAUCGUCCCAGUGUCCGCCAGCGUGCUGAACUUGUACCGUAGCGGUGAGACGGAGCUGUUUCCCUGGGAUGCAGAUAUUGAUGCGAACUUCAUUGCAUCGCACCCGGUGGUGAUCGGUAGCUUGCUAGAGGAGCACGAGGAGAGGCUCAAGAGGAUGGGCUACAGUUACAUCCUCCGCGGCGACCGCGUGGUCUUCCGCACCCUGGAGGACACCGCGCGCAUGGACAUCUGGAUUUCGGGCCCGCAGGAGGUUCGCGCCUACGACAUCCGCGCGCGGCUGUGCGGACUUCGAGUGAACUUCUUUCGUGACCAGCUCAUGGGUGCGGUUUGGUACUACCGCCCUGGUGAGAAGAUCUAUGGCCAUACCCGUGGACAGUUGUUGCACUGCCAGUGGCGCCAACACAAUGCUUGCCUCCCCGACUGCGUGCGCAACGGCUUGGGCGUGGGCCAGGAUGGCUGUGAAUUCUCGGAUCGCUUCGUCCACCUCUUCACGUGAGCUUCGUGCGGAGCUACGGCAGCGGAUGGAGGGGGGCGGGCCACGGCACGGUGGAGAAGGCAGCUGGUGGAGAUGAAGGCUACGACGAGGAAGGCGGUCGAAGCGAUGAGGGCCGGGGUGGCCUUCGAUGCAGUGGACGGCGGCAAAACCAAAAGUUGCAGCGUCGAAGCCUUUAGAGUUGAAGAGCGAAAGGAUCGAAAUUGCCCCUUUUGUGUCCCAAAAUAUGCUUUCGAAGUGUCUGGUCCUUGCUGGUAUGUGCGCAUGGGGAAGACUUACAGCAUGGGGUGGGGUGUAGUUGUGGGGCCGCCAGAGACCAUUCCAAGUGGCUCAGUAACUGUAGUCGCCACGUCACCAAUUCGUUGAGACCAUCAGCAGUGUGCAACGAAAAACGAAACGGUUAUAGUAUGAAUUAUGUGUUUUUUGCCGUGAACGUGUGAGCCUUUGCAACCAAUAGAACUGCUUAGGAAGGAGCGUUUUAAGCCGAUGUUUGGCAAGUUUGGGAUCUUCAGUCAGGGGGCCUUGGAUCGUAAAUGAUUGGUAACAUGAAGAAUGCAUGUCCCGUCCCAAGGACGGGUUGCGCCGGUCAAGAACGGACACAUGCAGGGACCCUUCGUUCGGUCUUGUUCCUGUGGGUUUCAGAGUUCUGAGAUGCUCAGAGUUCAAC